AACAUUGACAUAAAAAAAAAAUAAAUGUGGCAUAAAUCAAUUGUCAAACAUUCAUAAAAAUUAAACAAAUCAAAUCAAAAAUUUUUCGUUGCUUUUCCUCAAUUAAUAAUUUAUUUACAGUUAAUUCACUCCCCCAAAAUAGGCACGUCGAUAUUAGAUUUCAUUCGAUCGUAUUUUAAAUCCAACUCCGUUAACCAAAACUGCAUCGAAAUGCAAAACCAAUCGUCCUCUGACGUUGUAAAUCAAGAAAUUUACGAUUUAAAACGUGAAGUGGCUCGUUUAACACUUUUGGAGAAAGAUUAUAUAGCAGAAAUAGAAGGAUUACAAAUGAGACUCGCGAAAAAUAAUAAAGAUUGGGAAAAAAGAGUAGAUGGCUUGGAAGAAGAAAAACGCGCUAUGGAGCUGGCUAAAACGGAAGCCCUCGAAGAAGUUGAAGCCGCUUUACAAGCUAAAUCUGAGCAGCUAAAAGUUUUAACUGCACAAAUAGAAUCUAUGUCUAAAAGAGGGUCUGUUGUGGAAGAUUCGGAUGAAAUGCAAUCGUUACUUCAAAAAGUACAAGAAUUAGAAUUGGAAAUAUCUAAGUUAAAAGAAGAAAACAGCGUGAUGAGAGAGAGUGCUUUAAAUCUCGAAAAUGAUAUUCAUAUUUAUGAAGAAAGCAUGAAUAAUUUAAAAAACGAUUUCAAUAUAUUAUCCGAAAACUAUCAACGUAAAUCGGAUGAGUUACAGGAAUCAAAAAAAUUAGCUGAUACAUUACAAGAAGACCUAAUGAUGGCAAAAACGGAAUUAGAUGUACUGAAAAGUAAACCUGAUAGUUCGAGCGGUCAAGGAAAUUCGUUAUUUGCAGAAGUCGAGGAAAAACGAGUUGAACUUCAAGGAAAAGUGAAUAGAAUGAAAAACCAUUACGACGAAAUGAAACAGCAAAUAUCGAGAUUGGAAAAUCAAGUUUUUAAAAUGAGAGUUGAAAAUGGUACAUUACAACAAAAUUGGGAAAAAGAAAUUGAAGAUAGAAACAAUGAUAGAUUAGAUUUAGAAGACAGCUACAAGGUUCGUAUUAAUGUGUUAGAAUCUUUAAUAGCCGAAUAUAAAAAGGAAUUAGAUUCGCGUCCAUUAAUAGCCGUAAAAGCGUUGAAAGAUGAAGAAUUAUCACUGAUCGAGUAUAGAAUCGACAUGAAGAACAAACAAAUCAACAAUCUCUUAGAAAAAUAUGACCGCACAUCUCUAUCUAACAUGUUGUUAGUUGAUCGGAACAGAGAAGUUAUGAGAGAAUCAAGUUCUUGGCAUUUACGAUUCGUUAAAAUCCAAGAAGAACUUGAUGUUAAAGAAGAAACAAUUACGAAAUUAAAAGAACAAAUAAAAGAAUUACAGGAGUCUUAUGAAACACUUAUUGUCAAAGAAAAACCGGAUGACUCACCUGCACAAUCACCAGUUCUUGUUCCUUGCAUAAAUUAUAUGUCAGAUAAGAAUAUUGAUCUGUCAAGGUUAAUGAAACGAUCUGCCAGUUUGGUGAAAAGCAAAAAUUGUGUGAAAGAAGAAGAUAAAGAAAAUGACGUUUUUCAAAAGAAACAAGUUCAAUUUUCGAGUGAUACAAAAGACUUCCAAAAUAAAGGGAAGAUUUUUCGUCAAGGUGGAAAAGUAACUAUCGAAAAUACUGUAUUGAAGAAAAAAGAAUUCAUAAAGAAAGAGUUCUAAUUAAUUAAUUUUUAAGAUAUGAGUUGAGAUUUAAAUUAGUUUUAUUUUGAUUUAAAUGUAUAUUUGAUGUAAUAAAGCUUACAGAUAUUCUUUUUA